CGGAAACUCAGGCCGCGGCAGCUUCAACGUUCCUACGCGGGCUCGGCUGGCGCGCUUAGUGCUGCAGCGGCAGGGGCGGCGAUGGGGACGGUGGGCGUAGGGCUAGUGGAUUGUCACUGCCACCUCUCCGACCCGGACUUUGACCACGAUCUGGAUGAUGUGUUGGAGAAAGCCAAGAAAGCCAAUGUUGUGGCCCUUGUGGCAGUUGCUGAACAUUCAGGAGAAUUUGAAAAGAUUAUUCAACUUUCAGAAAGGUAUAGUGGGUUUGUCCUGCCAUGCUUGGGUGUUCACCCAGUUCAAGGACUUUCACUAGAAGAUCAAAGAAGUGUCACAUUAAAGGAUUUGGAUGUAGCUUUGCCCAUUAUUGAGCAUUACAAAGAUCGGCUGUUGGCAGUUGGAGAGGUUGGACUAGAUUUCUCCCCUAGAUUUGCUGGCAGUGAUGAACAGAAGGAAGAGCAAAGACAAGUUCUAAUCAGACAGGUCCAAUUAGCCAAAAGACUAAAUUUGCCUUUAAAUGUUCACUCACGCUGCUGGAGACUACACAUCAACCUUUACGUGAGCAAAGGUGCUGACAAGGUACUGUUGCACGCAUUUGAUGGUCGGCCGUCUGUAGCCAUGGAAGGAGUAAAAGCUGGGUACUUUUUCUCAAUUCCCCCUUCUAUCAUAAGAAGUAACCAGAAGCAGAAACUUGUGAAACAGUUGCCUUUAACUUCCAUAUGCCUAGAAACAGAUUCACCUGCACUAGGACCAGAAAAACAGGUACGGAAUGAGCCCCAGAAUAUUUCCAUUUCAGCAGAAUAUAUUGCCCAGGUGAAAGGGAUCUCAGUGGAAGAAGUCAUAGAAGUGACCACACAGAAUGCAUUAAAACUGUUUCCCAAGCUUCGACACAUGCUCCAGAAAUAGCUUCAUAACCAAUUAUUGCAAACCGAAUCAACUGCAGGGGUCACUAUUUGAAACAAAAGAAAUGUUCUGAUGAAGAAUCUGAACUGAGGAAGCCGACUUAUAGGGAUAUAGAAGAUUAUAAUUUUAGAGAAAUAUUUCUCUUAGAAGUAAAACUGGGCUUAGAUGCUGAAACUCUGGGUUCAGAUACUAGCCUUGUGCUGUGUUUCAAUUAGCUUAGUCUUGGCAGAAUACUGGGAAAAUAUUGCUACUUCUUACAUUGUCACAUUAAAUAGAACCACCAUCUGAACUGAAACCAUUGCUGCUGGGAAGGGUGGCUCCCACAGGUAAGACCAAGUACUGCUGUGAUGAGGAUGGAGCAGACUAAAGUUUGAUCUUUCACCACCUGUUUUACUUCUCAUAGGAUUUAACUAGUGAAGGUAGGAGUAUCUGGUUUCUUACACUAUCAGAAAUCUUCUCUUUUCUAGGUUUGUAAAAUCGAACAAUUUGGUACUUGUAAUUAUUUCUCUUUAAGGGAAAAAUGCAUAUAAAGUUUUCACACUGAUCUUAGAUAUUGACUUAUAAGGCCAGUAGUUUGAACAGCCAGUACUAUUAUAAAUACCAAGCCCAAAAGUUUAGUUAAUAAACUGAUUUUAAGUUCCA